AUGCAGGGGCUGCUGAUUUUGAGCGUGCUGCUGGGGCCUGUCCUUGGCAAAGAGGACUUUGUGGGGCACCAGGUGCUCCGAAUCUCUGUGGCCGAUGAAGCCCAGGUACAGACGGUGAAGGAGCUGGAGGACCUGGAGCAUCUACAGCUGGACUUCUGGAAGGGCCCUGCCCAGCCAGGCUCCCCUAUCGACGUCCGAGUGCCCUUCCCCAGCAUCCAGGCUGUCAAAGUCUUCCUGGAGGCCCGUGGCCUCAGAUACACAAUCAUGAUAGAGGACGUGCAGUCGCUGCUGGACGAAGAGCAGGAGCAGAUGCUCGCCUCCCGGAGCUGGGCCCGCAGCACUAACACCUUUAACUACGCCACCUACCACACCCUGGAGGAGAUCUAUGACUUCAUGGACUUGCUGGUGGCCGAGCACCCACAGCUUGUCAGCAAGCUCCAGAUUGGCAGCAGCUAUGAAGGCCGUCCCCUCUACGUGCUGAAGUUCAGCACUGGGGGGAGCAACCGUCCAGCCAUCUGGAUUGACACGGGCAUCCAUUCUCGGGAGUGGGUCACCCAGGCCAGUGGGGUCUGGUUUGCAAAGAAGAUCACACAAGACUAUGGCCAGGACCCGGCUUUCACUGCCAUUCUGGACAACAUGGACAUAUUCUUGGAGAUCGUCACCAACCCUGAUGGUUUUGCCUUCACCCACAGCAAGAAUCGAAUGUGGCGCAAGACUCGAUCCCUGACGUCGGGCUCUCCCUGCAUUGGGGUGGACCCCAACAGGAACUGGGACGCUGGCUUUGGGAAGGCAGGAUCCAGCAGCAACCCCUGCUCGGAAACUUACCAUGGCAAGUUUGCCAAUUCCGAAGUGGAGGUCAAGUCCAUCGUGGACUUUGUGAAAGACCACAGGAACAUCAAGGCCUUCAUCUCCAUCCACAGCUACUCCCAGCUCUUCUUGUAUCCCUUUGGCUACAAAGCAGAACCACCUGCAAACAAGGAUGAGCUGGAUCAGGUGGCUAAGUCUGCUGUUGAGGCCCUGACCUCUCUGUAUGGGACCACGUUCAAGUAUGGCAGCAUCAUCAAAACAAUUUACCAAGCCAGUGGAGGCAGCAUUGACUGGACCUACAACCAGGGCAUCAAGUACUCCUUCACCUUCGAGCUCCGGGACACCGGGCGCUAUGGCUUCCUGCUGCCGGCCUCCCAGAUCAUCCCCACGGCCCAGGAGACAUGGCUGGCGCUUCUGACCAUCAUGGAGCACACACUGAAUCACCCCUACUGA